UAUGACCCAUGACGUGUGCAUGAAAAGGCCGCAUUCUUUGGUUUGGCGCCACAAAUCGCUCACGAGAUCGUCAACUCUCUACCCAAACCCGCCAAACUAACCCUCAAAAUGGUGCGAAUGAUCGAGACCAAGGCUGACUUUGAUGCUCUCCUGGCUGACAACAAAGACAAGCUGAUUGUUGUGGACUUCACAGCCAGCUGGUGCGGACCCUGCAGGAUGAUCGCUCCUGUGUUUGAGAAACUGGCAGAGGAGAACCCUGAUGUCAUCUUUGUGAAGGUUGACGUCGAUGCAAAUGACGAGACUGCGGGAGCUUGUGGUAUCUCUGCCAUGCCCACAUUCCAGUGCUACAAGAAUGGAGCAAAGGUUGAGGAGAUGUGUGGCGCCAGUGAAGACAAGUUGAGGGAAAUGGUGGCCAAGAACAAGUAAUGACUCCACUGAGAUCUCAUCUAGGAGAAUCAGAAUUUUCGGGUGAAUUUGUUUAGCUGUGAUUCAGAAUUAGGUACUAUAGAAUAACAAUUGAUUAGAAACUUUGUACUU